CUCGGCGAUGUCUGCUCCCUCCCGGUGCCUCAGUUUCCCCUGUUGCUGAUGUGCCGUGUCCUCCUCUCAGGGUCACCUCCGUGUCCUCCUCUCAGGGUCACCUCCGUGCCCGGUGGGCGCCCGCGUCCCCCCCCAUCGGUGCACCAUGGCGUCCCGCAUCGGGCUGCGGAUGGAGCUGAUGAAGCAGCAGGCGCAGCAGGAGGCAGAGAGGGAGCGCAUGCAGCAGCAGAUGAUGAUGAACUACAUGCAGCAGCAGCGGAUGCCGGUGGCCUCCACCCCGGCCAUCAACACCCCCGUCCACUACCAGUCCCCACCACCCGUGCCCGGAGAAGUCCUCAAGGUUCAGUCCUACCUGGAGAACCCCACCACGUACCACCUCCAGAAGUCGCGGGACAAGAAGGUGCAGGCUUAUCUCUCCGAAACCUACGGGAACAAGUUUGCUGCCCACGUCAGCCCCGCCAGCCACUCUCCCAAGCCGCCCCCCGCCGCGUCCCCCGGUGUCCGACCCGGCCAUGUCAUGUCCUCCUCGGCGGGCAACAGCGCGCCCAACAGCCCCAUGGCCAUGCUCAACAUCGGCUCCAACCCCGAGCGGGAGUUUGAUGAGGUCAUGGAUGACAUCAUGCGCCUGGAUGACGUUUUGGGCUAUAUGAACCCCGAAGUCCACAUGCCCAACACGCUGCCCAUGUCCAGCAGUCACAUGAAUGUCUAUAGCGGGGACCCCCAGGUGACGGCCUCUCUGGUGGGUGUCACCAGCAGCUCCUGCCCCGCCGACCUCACCCAGAAGAGAGAGCUGACAGAUGCUGAGAGCCGAGCCCUGGCAAAAGAGCGCCAGAAGAAAGACAAUCACAACCUGAUUGAGAGACGGCGAAGGUUUAACAUCAACGACCGCAUCAAAGAGUUGGGGAUGCUGAUCCCCAAAGCCAACGACCUGGACGUGCGCUGGAACAAAGGGACAAUCCUGAAGGCGUCUGUGGACUACAUCAAGAGGAUGCAGAAGGACUUGCAGAGGUCACGAGACCUGGAGAAUCACUCGCGGCGUCUGGAGAUGACGAAUAAGCAGCUGCUGCUCCGCAUCCAGGAGCUGGAGAUGCAGGCGCGUGUCCACGGGCUGCCCACCUCCUCACCCUCGGGCGUCAACGUGGCCGAGCUGGCUCAGCAGGUGGUCAAGCAAGAAGCCGGCGGUGACGAGGGGACACUGGAGCCACUGCUGCCACCCCCGGACCCCGAAUCGCAGCCGCAGCCGGCGCUGCCCCCACCGCCCCAGUCUCCCUACCCGCUGCCCCCACCGCCCCAGUCUCCCUACCACCAGCUGGACUUUACCCACAGCCUGAGCUUCGAUGACGGCUCCCGGGGCUUCCCGGACAGCCUGGAGCCCGGCCACAGCGCUUCCUUCCCAUCCUUAUCCAAGAAGGAGCUGGACUUGAUGUUGAUGCAGGACACCAUGCUGCCCCUGGCCUCCGACCCCUUGUUCUCGGCCAUGUCCCCGGAGGCCUCCAAGGCCAGCAGUCGCCGGAGCAGCUUCAGCAUGGAGGACGCAGACAUGCUGUGACGAGGAGCUGCUCCGACCCCGGGGGCGAGGACUGGACCUUCAGGUUUGGUUAGUGAAGUUACGGGGCACUCUCCUCCCGGGAGGAGCCCGUCCUGCCGCGCACUUGAAUCUACGUAGGAGUUACCUUUUCUCUAUGCAACGAGGGUCUCGGAUCAAGGCUCGCCGGGUCCCGCCGGGGCUUUCGCAAGCUUUUUAUUUUUUUGCCAGGACCUUCUUGGCUUGUGGUGGCCUUGGCCUGACUGUGGAUUCCCCAGCCCCGGGAGCGGGAUCUCGGCUGCUUUGCCUUUCAACAAAACCCUCCCGGACCGAAGCCCUUCCCCGGGUGCUGGCUUGGACCCCGAGCGGGCAGGAGCCUUCCAGUCCCUGGGAGGAGAGGGACGAUGCUCAGAGCUUUUUGUCUGGCUUGCUGCCUCCUUGCCACCCCGCCCCAGCAGCCCCCCUCCCCAAGGAGUCUUCCCCCGAGCCCUGCCGAUGCUUCACGGUGCCAAGUCCUUCCCGGUUCCUCCUUCCUCGGAGCACCCGCUGCCUCUCCGGAGGGAGAAGAGGUGUUAAUUGGAGCAAGUUAAUUCACAGGGCAUGGGGGUUGUCCAAGUGGGCUACAAAUUCAGCUUGAAGGCUUCCAAAACGGCCCAGAUGGGGUGUUUGAUGCUCAGUCAGUCCCCUGCUGUGACCCUCCCCUUGGGGUUUGGCAGCACCCACCACCCCAAAACCUUGCUGGCCUCUGGAUAAGGGCUUCAUGGUGCCGGGAGACCUUCAGCCUCCCUUGAGAUGGCCCCACAGAGGUGCCUCUGCCCCAUAACGCCAAGCCUCGGUGCUUUGGGUAGAAGGGCAAAGGGGUUUUACACUUAUUUUUUGGGGAUACUUGUUGAAAGCAGAUGUCCUGCCCCACAUCUGGGCAUGGAGGUCCAGGCUGGGGACCAGGAGAUGGUUUGUACCGAUGCCAAACCUGAGUCACUGCUCUCUGCCUUCGGCUCUCGGGGUUUAUUUCUCUUCCCAGCGUCACCAAGCUCGUUCUCAAGCCAGGAGAGCUUGGUGAUGGGGAGCUGAUUUGGGCUCUGCACCAUCUCCUGCCUCCUCAGCUUGGCUGGUGGUGGGGACGGAGCUGGGCAGGGAAGAGGGAUGCCCAGGGAAAAUACUGCAGGAAGUUUUUCAGGGAGAGGAGAGAAGACUGGAGAGAGGAGACCCCUUUGUGAUCCCACAUUAUAGCCCAGCAUCGUCCCCCCCAGGCUGUGGGAGCUGUGGCUGGAUGGACAAGAGCCUGCACAGGGAUGGGGGGGUCACUGGGUGCACCCCAUCCUGGACCAAGGGUGAGGGAUGUCACGGGGUUGGGACUGCAAGAGGAAAGCCCAGCCAAGGAGGGACAAGCUUGCUCCAUCGUGGCUGGAUUUGGGAUUGCGAGGUGGGGGACAGCCCCAGUGCCCCCUGGAGAGGUGCCUGUGGGAUGUGAGGGUGCGGGGAAGUGCAGAAGGUGGGGAGGAGAGGGGGAAAGGAGGAGGGAGGACGUGUCGGGGUGUCCUGGAGGGCUGGGGCAGGGCAGGGUCUGGCCGAUGCCCCUCAGGGGUGCAGGGAGGGGAGCGGAGGGGACGUUGGGGCGCUGGGCUGUGUGGUUUUGGGGGGCUGCGUGUUCACAAGAGGCCUUGGCAUCCUUCGUGCACUGCCGUUAGUGCCUGUAAAGAGAAUAAUCCCCCCGGCAGGGUGGCAGCACCCCGUACGGGUGCCAACAGACGUGGGUGAGCUGCGGGUCUGCAGCCCCCGGAGGGUCUGCGCGGGCGCUUCGGGAUGGGCAGGCAGACCAAAUCCCCGGUCCUUUGGGAUUAUCGUGCCCGUUAAGGUGGUUGUGCCGGGCCCUCGCUGGUGGGGGGCUAAUUGGGGUGCCCACCCCCCCUGUCCCGCUCCUGGCACCGGUGGGCAAUGGACCGUCUGCUGCCCAGCACGAGACGUGGUGUCUCCCCCCUCCCCCCCCGGCCAUGAGUAAACAGUUGUGGAUUAUUAUUAUAAUUUUUUUUUUUUUUUUCUUUUGGGGUUUUUGUUUGUUUUAUUUUCCUUUUCUAUUUUUAAUGCACUGUGCUCUGAUUAAAAAAUUUUACUACUGUUUUAUAAAUAAAUGUAUAAAAGAAUGAACUGGAAUGGAAGAAGAAUCAUUAAAAUAUAUUUAUUUACAACA